UCUCCCUUCCCCUCCAUGGCAAAGAAGAAAAAAAACAAUUCUGUAAGGACUGCGGGCUCAUUAGGACACAAAAUGGCGGCAGCGAGAUGUGUUCGAGGUCUGUGGACAAAUCAAGUUUUAUCAAUGCAGAUUUCAACAAGGCUAACAGUUCAGCCUGCAAGUUUAUUUUCAAGUGAAUCAGGAGGCAGUGAACAGAAUCUUUGCCGAGGUAUAAAUUAUUUCAAAGAAGGAUCUGAUCCGCCUCUGCUUCCAGACAGUGAAUACCCUGAAUGGUUAUGGAACGCUCUUCAACCAAAACAACCACUAGACGAAGAGUUUGCUGAUCCUGACAACAAAGCUUACUGGAAAAGAUUACGAAAGACGAAAAUAAGACAGGCUAAUGAGGCAAGGAAGAAAAAGAAGUGAGCUCCUAUAUUUGUGAUGACUUAAAAAAAAAACUUUCUUUGCAAACUUCAUCUCUAGUUGCCAAAUAGGUGAACUGCUCCGAACAAACUUAAGUGGAGACAGUAAGCUAAAGAAAUGACUUAAACACAGGAACAGUGGAGGUGUUAUGUAAGACUGAGAAGCUGCUAGUAACAGUCUUGACAAUGAUAUAUGUUAUGACUAUGAAGAGCUUUAAUUGGCAAUUUGUUUUAUACAAACCAUACAUCUUGUGUGUUCAUCAGAAUACUAACAUGUUCUCUUGAACUUGUUGAUGAAAGUUCCUUUGUAAUGUUUCCAGGAGAAACAAAGCUGUCUGAUAGCUCAAUUGGAUUUUCUACCUUCAUCAAUGUUUUCUGACUACAAUAAAGUUUAUGUAUAGUUCAACCACAUUUCAAUGAGCAUAGGGAAUCAAUGGAAGUACUCUCAAUGGUUUUUAUUGGAGGGGGGGUGGGUAGCCAGAAUCUUAGGACCCUUACCCCAUUUCAGACCAAAGCCUGGGAUUUUCCAUACCCUAUUUGAGACCCAGGCAAAAAAUCAAUACCCAUUUCAGAAAAUGUCUAGAAUCAUUACACAAAUCUAAUGACUGCUGCUAACCAGAAAUGGCUUUCAUUUGCAUAAACAUUUGACAAGGGCCAAAAAUUUGCCAAUGUAAAUGUGGAAUUGUAAACAAAAUACCCAAUGAUAGACACCUAUGACUUGGGCCAGGCCAGAGUGACAAAAGUAUCUUAUUUCAGACCAAAGUGAUCAAAAGCUAUCCCCUUUUUGAGACCAAAACUGCCCAAAAACCAUACCCUUUAGGGCUGCACAUACCUAUUUAGCCCAUAUAAGGGAGUACCUCCGAGACAUUCCCUACACCUUCCAGUUGUGUUACUAGGCUUUUAUAGAUUGUGCUAGCAUAAUUUUUUGCAUAAUUUGAGCAAGCUGGCAUAAUUUUUCCCACUUUUAAAAAAUUAGCACUGCUAGCAUAAUUCGUAUAUUUUGAUAAUUAGUGGAUCAUUUUUGAUCCUAUAAGUUGAUCAUUUUUGAUUUCAAGUCCUAGGCACUUGCUGACGUUAUUCGAUUUUUAAUGCUUUAGUACAGUUAGAUGCAUUUGCAGUUCACUGAUCCCGGGGACUGGGGCCUGGGAUGCAAGGGACCAUGCCAUUCCCAGUACCUUUCGUUAGGCAAGGCUACAAAAUGGCAUUUCAUUGUGGUAUUCGUUGUUUCUUUCUAAUAGACCAACGGCUUCUAAUAAAAAUUUAUUUUUCGGA